AGCAUAACACUUUUUGGAAGGAAUUUAAAUCUUUAAAAAUGUUGUCGCUGAAAUCAUUGCUUUUUAUUAGCUCCACAAUCGCCGUCAUCGCCUGCGUCUGCGCGCAACUUGCUCCCGGCUCAAAUAUGUACCUGCCGCCAAAACCAAAUGGCUACAAUUAUCCAGAGCCCAAAAAUCCACUGCGACCUGGACCACCAAGCGGACCUGGACCCCGCCCACCAGGCCCACAGCGCCCACCCUCUCCACCAGGACCUGGCGAGCCUGGCCACGUCCACGUUCCCGGCAUGCCAUACGAUUUCGAAUACUCCGUCAAUGAUAUUGAAACCGCCAACGACUAUGCCCACAAAGCUUCGAGCAAUGGUGAUGUGGUGACUGGUGAAUAUCGUGUCGUCCUGCCCGAUGGUCGCACGCAGGUCGUACGUUAUACAGCCGACUGGAAGACUGGCUAUCAUGCGGAUGUCAGCUACGAGGGUGAACCACAAUAUCCACAGGGCCCGGGUGGCCGACCUGGCUAUAAGUAUUAACUAAGCAGCAGCGGAAGUUGAAGCGCCUGAAGCAAACACCUUUGCACGCACCUGCAUACAUACAUAUUUACGCUCACACACCACAAAGUAUAGGCACACUCACACAAAGCCACAAUAGCUGCAAUAAAUGCUACAACAACUGCCACAAUAACACAAACUAACACUGCCACACACACAACGAUUAAAUAAAGCGACGACAUUUUUUUUAAUUGGAAAUGAGAAACUUACUAACUGCCAGAAUUUUU